AAGCUAAGCACAAUCUGUCUUGUUCAUAGUUACUUUGCAACGCCAAAGAUGAUACGGCUAAAUAGCGAAUACGUAGCUAUUAUACGAGCCAAUUCUAAAAGUGAUCUAAAAAUGGUUACAAAGGAUUUUAACAUUAAGAACAUUGAUGAAUCAAGACUAAUUAAAUCAUAUGACUUAGCUACAUCGAGCAAAGGUCAGGCUUUGUUUGUAGAUUCAAUUCGCGGUGAGCUUAGAUUUAACUUCAAUAGAGUAAUUGAUCCAAAUUCUUUAAAUUAA